UUUCCAUUUCCGAUUAUCAUCGAUUUCGAAAGUGGAAGUAAAUAUCGUGGCUCCUGGCAGUUUUGCUGUCUCCUAAACAUGUAAUUGUCAAAUAACCACAUGCGAGAAUUCAUUUGUUUUAAACUACCGUUUUGACACACCAGUAAAACAAGGUUAACAGUUAAGCACUGAGCCUUUGGUACUGAAGUCCUCACACUCACUAGACUAGAUCUAGAUCUAGUACUGACAGUUGUUCCGAUGGCGUCCUGUAAUAAGGUCAGGUUUGUAAUCGUGCCCGGUAACGGUGCUGGGGACGUCCACAGAGCCAACUGGUAUGGAUGGUUGUUCCGUAAACUUUGUGAUGCCGGCAUGGAAUGUUGCUUGGAGAAUAUGCCUGAUCCCAUCACCGCUCGAGAAUCAGUUUGGCUGCCUUUUAUGGAAAAAGAGUUGCGCUGCGAUGAGAACACGGUCAUAGUAGGUCACAGCUCCGGAGCAGAGGCGGCCAUGCGGUACGCUGAGUCUCAUAAGGUCUACAGUAUCGUCCUCGUCUCUGCAUGUGUGACAGAUCUCGGCGACCCCAACGAGGCCGCCAGCGGGUACUACAACCGACCCUGGGACUGGGAGAGCAUCAAGGGCAAUGUCAAGGUCAUUGCGCAGUUUGGAUCCACGGACGAUUCAUUCAUCCCAUGGUCUGAGCAGCAGCAAGUUGUGGAGGGCCUGAGUUCGAAGCUCUUUGAGUUCAGUGACAAGGGACAUUUCAUGAACUCACAGUUUCCUCAGUUGCUAAAGUAUCUGUUAAGCCUUGCGGAGAAAAAAUCCGACAGCUGACCUUGUAGAAAAUUUGAUGUUUAAGUUUAAGAAUUCUUUUUUUUUUUUUUUUCAAAAUAUUUAUAUCAGUGAAAAUUUUAUGGGUCCUCUCAAUAUCAAUUUUUUGGAUACUGAAAGUGAAUUAAAUCCUUGUGAUAGAUCUA